UUGACCGCGAAGGAGAGAACUGUCGUUCAUACUCGUGUGAUAUUUCAUUUUCGUGCGGGUUUUAUCAUGGUUAUUUUGAGAGUCCUUUGUAAAUGAAAUGUUAUUUGUAAGUAUUCUGAGAUGAGUUGUGUUUGGACGGUUUUGGAGUGCUUAUCAAGAAACAUUUACUGUCAAACUGCGACAAGAGUGAACCUACGUUAGCUAACCGGUCAUCUGUCAACGUUAGCAAACUAACCGGUCACCUGUCAACGAUAGCUAGCGGCUCGUCCAUCGUGUGACAACAUUUACCCGUAUUUGUAAAUCAUCUAACUAUAUUGACAUUAAGUCUCAUUACUGAGAAAUUGGAGGCUGGACAGGCAUGGACCAUUCAAAAGUGAACUCAGGCGCCCCACCCCCAGGGAACACUGGCUAUACCUACUCUCACAGCUCCAGCUACUCUACAACAGCCCUGGACUUUGAGAAGGAGCACAGGAUCACGCCCGUCUUAGAGUCUCCCAGGAUGUCUCGGCGGAGCCUGCGUCUGCACUCCACCACUGGUCUCUAUGGCGACGACAGCUUGGACUCUUCUCUCAACCACAUGUACCACAGCGCCUCCUUCAGUGCAGGAGGAGCCAGUCGCAGAGAUUCCAAGGUGUUGAAGAGCAGGAGGUCUCAGCAGCACUCUGUCUCCUGCUCCCAGUCUCUGCUCCUCACCACACCCCUUAAGAGCCAGCAUGGCUCCCAGCAGCACAACAGCAGCCUGCACAGCGUGGCCGCCAGCGACGCCUCCCUGCUCUCCUCCAUGCUGGACAAAUCGUGUAUCCAGGAGCGCACGCUGGUCGAAGGAUUCUGGGGCUUGGAUGAAGACUCUGAACUCAAAGAGCGGACCAUGACAGACAGUAUGUGUGAGGCCAACGGAGACAUUAACUCGGCACAGACCCAGACCUCCAUGGUCAACGGAAGCUUCUGUAAGGACCGCACGAUCCACCUGGACAGAAAUGACGCGCUCACCGCCUACUCCAAGCACUCCUCAACUGCAGCCCGCUCUGCCACCAACAAGCAGGCCCUGACAGCCCCCGCCGCCUCACCUCCCUCCACCAUCUACGCCAGGGACAAAAGCCGCAAGCACAGGACGGGUGUGCUGGUGUCCUUCUCGGACACCUGUGUGCGCGUGAGCAGGAGGGCAGCAGCCUCUGUGGCGUCCGUCUUCUCACUGCUCUUACAGAGUGUGCUGCUGAGGUCACGUAAAGAGGGCACAGGUGUCCUGUGGUCAGCUUUAGACACCUGUCUGAACCAUAGCAGGAGGGCAGCUGCCUUCACUGUGUGUGUAGUGACUCUGCUCAUACAGGCUGCUGUGCUGAAGAUGGGCAGUGUGGGCAGAAAAGUGGUUAAUGGAGCUCACGCCAGCUACUGCGGAAGCAUGAAUGUAAAUGAGUUGGGGACUGAGGGGAAACGCAUGAAUCUGAAUGGUGCUCUUUGUGACGACUGUAAAGGGAAGCAGCGCGUGGAGACGCGCAUUGUCCAAUCCUCAUCACGGGUCUGCCGGUCACACCAUGUGUUGGGGGAACUGUGGCUUGCCACUGCUUACUCAGGCUCCAGUGUGUUGUGGGCGGGGCAGAAGGCAGGCUCAGCUGUGCGGUCCGUGAUGAGGAGGAUGCUGUCUGUUCUCUGGUUGGCAGCCGUGUCCCCAGGGAAGUCAGCGACCGGGGCUUUCUGGUGGCUGGGGACUGGAUGGUAUCAUCUGGCCACCGUCAUGUCGCUCCUCAACAUCUUUGUCUUGACACGGUGCCUUCCCAAGCUCCUCAAACUCCUGCUGAUUCUGCUCCCAUUCCUCCUUGUCCUCCUGGCUCUGUGGCACUGGGGUCUGUCCAGCCUGCUGUCUGUGUUGCCUGCCAUUAACAUCACUGAGUGGAGGACGGCCUACUCCUUCAGUCAGACCCCUCUGGAACCAACCAAAGACAGCCAGCCCAUCAUGGCUCAACCACCACCAACUGUCUCACAGCCAGGCAGUGUGCUGGUGUCUGUGGACUCUGAGCGCCUAGCCCGGUUGGAGGAGAGGCUGGCCCAACUGUGGGAGAAGGUGGAGCGAGGGGGCCGAAGGCAGGAAAACCAGCACAGGGAGGUGCUGAGUCUCUACCAGUCUGUACGAGAGCAGCUGGACACCCAGACGGACAAGGACAGCAUGGGGCUGUGGGUGUCUGGCCUGCUGGAGGAGAGACUCCUUCUGCUGAAGAGAGGGAUGGAGAAGGAUGCAGCACUGCGGAGAGAACUGAGUCAGGAGAUUGGAGAGCAGUAUGUGGUGCAGCAGCAGGGCCAAGAGUCUCGUCUGGCUCAGCUAGAGGUGCUGCUGCAGACACUGACUGCCAAGACAGAGGAGGUGCAGAGGAGGCAAGCAGACACUUCCAGUGCUACACCUGCACUGCCACCAGUUCCUGUGCAAGCCAAUGUGGGUGUGGACAGCGAGUCUCGUGAUGCCUUGCUGGCGGAGGUGCAACUUCUAGAGGCAACGCUGGGGGGCAUUAGGCAGGACCUGCAGGGGGUGAUGGGAUGCCAGGGCAUGUGUGACCGCCUGGACACACUCCAUGAAACGGUGUCUGAGCAAGUGUCUGCCCAGGUGAGGACGGAACUGCGGGCCCUGUUCUCUCGCAGCGAGCAGGUCGGAGAUUCCCAAACCGGAGAAAAGGAGCUCCCAGAGUCCCUGCUGCAGUGGCUCUCUGAGCGCUAUGUAAGCGGGGCUGAUGUGCACGCCUCUCUGACCUCCCUGGAGCUCAGCAUCCUGCAGAACGUGACCCUGCAGCUGGAGAAGAGCAGGGCCAGGCAGGAGACCCACAGCACUGAGACUGUCACUCAGACUGUGAUGCACACUGUUGGAGCCGCAGGGGCCGGGAUGUCUGAGGAGCAUGUACAGCUGAUAGUGAAGAAUGCUCUGAAACUAUACUCCCAGGAUCGGACCGGCCUGGUAGACUAUGCUCUGGAGUCUGGCGGCGGCAGCAUCCUAAGCACUCGCUGCUCUGAGACGUACGAGACAAAGACUGCACUGAUGAGUCUGUUUGGCCUCCCACUCUGGUACUUCUCCCAGUCUCCUCGUGUGGCCAUACAGCCUGACGUCCAUCCAGGGAACUGCUGGGCGUUUCAGGGUUCUCAUGGUUACCUGGUGAUUCGUCUCUCCAUGAGGAUCAUGCCCUCUGCCUUCUCAUUGGAGCACAUCCCCAAAUCCCUUUCGCCAACAGGCACCAUCAGCAGUGCCCCGCGCCAGUUUACCGUCUAUGGUCUGGAUGAUGAGUACCAGGAGGAGGGUAAGUUACUGGGCAGCUACACCUACCAGGAUGAUGAAGAUGCGCUUCAGACUUAUCCUGUCACCGAGGAGAAUGAUAAAGCCUAUCAGAUCAUUGAGGUUCGAGUGCUGUCCAACUGGGGUCACCCGGAGUACACCUGCCUGUACCGCAUCAGAGUGCACGGUCAGCCCAGUGUCAACUGAUGGCACAGAUCAGACCACCCUGUCUACAUUUUAAUGUUCUGCAGAUGACUGGAGACAAUUAUGCGCACACGUAAAUAUGCUUGAUCCACAAACUUUAUCUGUGCACUAACUCAUCCCACCAGGACAGAGGCUCUAACAGUGACCACAGGUCUGAAUCUGAAGCAUGGCCACUGGUGCCUGACUUUUGAAGGACUAUCACCCAACCACUAAUAAUUUAUUACAUUUGUAAAACGGCUUUCAUUUGACAGAAUAAUCUCAAAGUAACAUUGGGCUCCUAAAUAGGGGAGGAAAAUAUGGAUGCGAUUCUGUGCUUUAUUACUUCAGACAAGAUUUUAUUGGUUAAGGAAUGUUUCAAGUACAUUUACUCAGUCUAUUUAUACAUGCGCUAUAUGUGUUGACAACUGAAUUCAUGUGUGUUGAGCCCUUGUCGCUCAUGUUGAAACCAGGGCCCAUAUCCACAAAGCAUAUCAGAGUAGGAGUACUGAUCUAAGAUCAGUUUGUCCUUUUGGAUGAUAAUGAAUAAGAUCAUAGAUCAACUCCUCUAAAAUGCUUUGUGGAUAUGGGCCCAGGUUCUUACGAACAACGGAAGAAUGUAAACUUGUACAUUUUGUCAAUAGUUUGUCAUUUUUAAGUCUACUAAUAUCAGUGUUGCUUUGAAAUAUGUAUAUGCUGCAAUUAUAAAAUGUUAUUAAUUUGUUUGCAUUUUUUAAAGGGAAUUUACCGCUCAAGUAAGUUAAGGAUAUCUUGCACUGGUCCUUUCAGCCACAGAAGUCAGGCUUUAGCCCUUUAUUGAGUAUCUUCAAGUGCCCAGUUGUAAAUCUCAUUGUUUGUCCCGAGUUACUGAAAUGCCAAUCUGUGUAAUAUAUUUUUGUAAAGGCUUUUUGGACUAUUUGUAAAUGGUCUUGGGACUAUACAGGUUUAUUUUGUUUUAUAAUUUUAUUUUUGUCUUUUGUACAUAAUUGUAAUGUGUAAAAUGUUCAAAUAAAAACCUUGAUUUUGAUUUA